GAUAGACACAUGAAAUUGGUUCCUAUGAGUUUGUCAAAAUGGGGUCCUGAUACCUACUAAAAAACAUCUACAUCAUUUUUACAUUCAACGUUACUAUGGCGUGGUUAUCAAGUACUGUAUUUGUAUUUGCUGUGUUACUAGCGUUUUAUUUGACGUCCUCGUCAGCUCAAGAAAAUGACGAGCUGCCAGAGUUUGAUUUUUCGGAGGAUCUUGGUUCUGACCCGGAGAAUCGACCCGAGUUUGUGAGGAUGGAUAAACUGGAGUCUCAGCCGAAGAGGCAGUACAAAACGGCCGAGAUUGCGGACGCUUUGAUGGGCACCGAACUCCCUGCAGACCCGUCGGGCUUGGAGUCACUGAUCCCCAAGAACGUGAAAGACUUCCAGAUGGGGUUCUCCCCUCCGUGUGAUGACGACGCUCAGUGCGGUAUUCCGCAGACCCCCGGGGAACCUGCCGACGGGAACGUCAUGGAACCCUCUCAGCAGGUUACGCUGGGAAUGGUCCACGUGGAUGGCAUGGCAACGGAGGACCAAAAUGCCACUGCCAAGACGUACAAAGUGAACUGUGAGAGGAGGAACAUCACAGGCAUCGAGAACUUCACUGUGCAGGUCCUCAACGCCUCACAGGAUCUAAUGGAGUUUUUAAACGCCAACAACACUGAGUGUUCCCUCGUGCUGUUCUUCACCACCUGGUGCCAGUUCUCCGCCAGCCUGGCGCCCCACUUCAACGCUCUGCCGCGCAUCUUUCCCAGCAUGCACUUCCUCGCCCUGGAUGCCUCGCAGCACAGCAGUCUGUCCACCAGGUUUGGAACAGUGGCCGUGCCCAACAUUCUGUUGUUUCAGGGUGUCAAGCCUAUGGCCAGGUUCAACCAUACCGACAGAACCCUGGACACGUUGGCGUCCUUCAUAGCCAACCAAACAGGUUUCGAGGCAGGCGUAGACCGUAACGUCACCGAUGCCGACCGCUCCGGGCCCCUCCCCAGCGUGUCCAUGAAGAGCAUCGAUUGGCUGUUGGUCUUCUCCAUACUAUUCAUCUCCAGCUUCACAAUCUACGCCAUCUUGAGGACGGACAGCAUCCGCUGGCUCAUACCCGGCCAGGAGCACGAACACCAGGAAUAAAACAAAUGCACCCUUCGUCUGGGUUUACCCUUGUUCCUACAAUCUUUCCCCCCUCUCCACCUUUAAAUUGCGUGACCUCUAAAUUGUUUCGAAGGGGCAUUGUGCUGAACCACAGACUUUUGAUAAGACUGUAACACGGAAGUCAUGCUGAAAACACACUGCGUCUGGAUUUCAGUUGUUGUCCAUUGGGGAUUUUUUUUUAGGUGAGAGUAGGAUUAAUCUAAUUUAGGACCCAAACGCAAGGAGUAUGUAAAGAUCUUGGAGACACAAUAUGAAUCUUUACAAACUCCUUGCCCAGACUAAGGAAGGACAUGACACUAUCUGCUCUGUUAGGAUGGUGGUAUUGCCUUUUGAAAAAUGUGAUUUGAGAUGUACAUAAUUAUUUGCCGAAUGACUGAUAAUUUAUGGAAAUGUUUUUUCUGCGGUUUUUGUGCUGUGAUUUAAUAAAACUGGAGGUUUGAGUGUG